AACCUACAAGAAAGUACAAACACCUUAUUAAAGUGCCAUGGCUCUGUAACUGGCCAUAUCCUUCCUUCCUCUCCCCAAGAAAAUCAUUCAGAAUUUUAGCAUAUAGGCAACAAGGCCCUCUGCUCUGCUGAACCCCAUCCUCCUUUCCAGAAACCAACCAGAAAAUGGCGUUCAGAGGCUACUGCCAUCCUCACCCUUCUUCCUCCAUGGCCACCACCGGCCCGAGAUUCGGCGCGAGGAGGCCGGCGGCAGCCCUGAGCUUCAGAGCCUCUGCAGCCCAUGGAUGCAACCAGCCAUCCUCGCACCUCUCCUUUGCUGCACCAACCAGCAACAAGGUGUUCGAGGACCAGGUGAGAGGGAUCGUGUGCUACAGGGACGACAAGGGAGAGCUCGUCUGCGAGGGCUACGACGAGGGCCCGAGGCUCGGAAUGCGGCUGCCGGAGAAGGCCUGCUUCCCGUGGCAUGUGGGAGUCCAGGUCACCGAUUUCAUCCGCCUCGCGACGCUUCGGGUCUUCGAGGACGGCGCCGACGACGGUCUUCUGCGCAAGAACGAUCAGAAGUGGCAGCUCUGAAGUCUGAACUGAUCAAGGGGUGGGGGGCACCGAUCAAGUAAGAGCAAUAAUUGGAAUAACCGGAAGCACAGCCAUGUGUGCCAAAUGCCCUGCUUAACUAGCAGUGAUAUUUUAUUCUGCAAACAGCCUGGUUAAUAUCACCCGAAUUACUUCUGCUUUGCUUUUGUUGUACGUACUAGCAUACGAAUCAGUUAUAAGACUCUUUGUAUACAGAAACAGUUAGAAAGGUUUCUGAAAGGGUGAGAUCUUGAUACUACUUGUGUCGAUGAAAAGAUAGGUGGGGAGAUCUGAAAGGGUGAGAUCACUGCAGCCAGCCCAUUGCAAUAUGUGGCCUCUGACUGAGGUAUCAGUAUCAUCCUCUGUUCUCACUGAAGUGGGAGUUAAAGAACUGUAGAAAGCGAUUUUCGUUAAAACAAAAUCGCAAACAAACAGUUAGCAAAAUUAUGUCGACCAUGGAAACAAACAGAAAAGGAAAGGAAAAAGAAACUAUGUUCAUCUC